CGAAGAACUGUCGCUCACCACACCACCGGUGACUUCAGAAAGCUUUUGGUUUCUCUUGUUAGCUCAUACAGGUACGAAGGGGAAGAGGUAAACAUGACAUUGGCAAAGCAAGAGGCUAAGCUGAUUCAUGAGAAAAUCAAGGACAAGCAUUACAAUGAUGAAGAUUUCAUAAGGAUUUUGUCCACAAGGAGCAAAGCACAGAUCAAUGCUACCUUCAAUCGCUAUCAAGAUAAUCACGGCGAGGAAAUCCUCAAGAGCCUUGAGGAAGGAGAUGAAGACGACAAGUUCCUAGGGCUGUUGAGGUCAACCAUUCAAUGCUUGACAAGACCUGAGCUUUACUUUGUGGAUGUUCUUCGUUCAGCGAUCAACAAAACGGGAACAGACGAAGGAGCUCUCACUAGAAUUGUGACCACGAGAGCUGAGAUUGACUUGAAAGUCAUUGGACAAGAGUACCAAAGAAGGAACAGCAUUCCAUUGGAGAAAGCCAUUACCAAAGACACUCGUGGAGAUUACGAGAAGAUGCUCAUCGCACUUCUCGGUGAAGAUGAUGCUUAAUCAUACAAUCCUCCACACAGAAACAAAAGCUUCUGUUUUCUCUUAUCUUUUCUCUAUCUCUCUUUUCUUGAAACCGUUUGAUUCUGUUUUUUGAAAAUUUGCUUCUUGUUUCUGUUGUGUUUUGAGUUUCCAAAUAAUGCUAAGAGAGAGAGAACCAGUGUGGUCUCUUAAGUUUAUAUAAAAGAUACAUGACUUUAAAAGUUGUUUUCACGGCAA